AUAAAAUUUAUAGUGAAUUAACUAGAAUGAAAUCAAUUUUAAUAACUGGUUGUAAUCGAGGUUUAGGGUUAGGACUGAUAAAGUGUCUAGUGAAAGACAUAAAUUCCCCAAAAAACAUUAUUGCUACAUGCCGGAACAAAAGUAAAGCACAGGAAUUAAAUGAUAUUGCAGCACAAAAUAAAAAUGUGCACAUUUUGGAAUUAGAUGUAACGAACACAAACACUUUCGAUUCUUUCGCCUGUGAGAUUGAGAAAAUUGUGGCGGAUAAUGGCCUCAAUGUCUUGUUUAAUAACGCAGGCUAUUCGCCAAAAUCUACUAGAAUAAAUGCAGUUAAAACAGAACAGAUGAUGGAAACUUAUGCAGUGAAUGUGGUAGGCCCGCUAAUGUUAACCAAGGUACUUUUGCCUUUAUUAAAGAGAGCAGCAGAUGUCAACCAAAAUCAAACCUUCGGCAGUUCGAGAUCUGCGGUAAUAAAUAUGUCCUCCGUGUUAGGAUCUAUAGGGUUAAAUGAUAUUGGUGGUGUGUAUCCUUAUAGGUGUUCUAAGGCUGCUAUCAACAUGGCUACAAAAUCACUAAGUAUCGAUCUAAAAAAAGAUGGAAUAUUAGUAGCUUGCAUUCAUCCCGGCUGGGUAAAAACAGAUAUGGGAGGUUCUAACGCACCAAUGGACGUGGAGACCAGUGCCACCGGCAUGAUUCAAAUUAUCCGGAAUUUGUCAGAAACCCAUAAUGGAGGCUUUUAUCAAUGGGAUGGAAAGCAGUUGGAAUGGUAAAAUUUAAUCCUGCACAUAUUACUGUCUAUAUAGAGCCUGUAAAGAUCAGAUACCAGAGGUUGGAAGAUAUAGAGGUAACAAAGACUGCAAAGGCUGCUGCAUUCCGCAACUGUGUGACUUGGGUGGGAGAAUUUUAAAACUCAUGUAUAACUUAACUGCACAACUGAACUGUACAACUACAAAAUAGCGUAGCGGGUGGUGGGUGUGAGAAGUGGAAAAUUCGCAGCAAAUAGUCAAAUAGUCCCUC